UGAUGUUUUGAACUCGUUCCGAUGUUUCUUGAGUGAAUAGUGAAUUUCUUAAUAUUAGAUGAAAACAGCGUGCAUACCCUAAUUUUCGUAAAACUGACUUUUCGGUUGAUUAUUAAAAUUUUUUCUCAAAACAAAUAUUGCCGCGAGACUCAGCAUGGUCGAUUACCCAUAGUCCAUUCGUCCUCAAGGCUACCAAUAGUCACCGGAUGCCAGUCCUGGGACUCGAAGGAAAUCCGAUACAACGCCUGAACCGAGGAAAAUCAAGGUCUCACUUCACUCCCAUUUUGAAGAGAACACCCCGGCCUAUCAGUCUAUGAAAGAAAAGCAAAAUAAUCUUAUUGGAAAAUUUUUAUAGACAGCCUGGUUUCUCAAAGAUUUCCUAGGAAACCUGUGUCAGAAAACUGUCCUGAAAACAGUGUUGGUUAUGAAAACAUGCCUCCAAGUCUCCUUUUUCGAACGCCGAAAAUCGGAGCUCUCUAGCUCUUUUCUAUCAAAAGUUACUGUUGAAUUAGAAGCACAUGUCCGCCUGCUCUAGCAAAACUUGCCCACUGUGAGGGGGGCUUAAGAAAUCAUUAGAUGAAUCUAAUUGAUCAAUAAAAUGGCGAUUUUGUUGGAUACACUGGUUAGCAUGAUAAAGGUACAUUUAGGCAUGUUCCAGUUAACUGUAAACCUGUAACUGUCAUAACUGUAGACAAUAUUUCUAGAGUGGGUUAGUCUUUUACGAUUUGCAUACAUUUUAAGAACAGAGACAUCCUUAAAAUGUAUGCAAAUCGUAGAAGACCAACUCAUUUUAGACAUAUUGUCUACAGUUAUGACAGUUACAGUUUUCACAGUUACAGUUAAUCGGUAAAAAACUGUAACUGAUGCAUACCUAGGUACACUCAGAAUUUCUUUGCAAAGAAGCACUAUGCAAAACAAGAAAACUGUUGUCAAAAAUUUCAUUUAUUUAUCGUAUUCAAUGUCUUGAUCAUUUGUUGCUCGUAAGUUCAAAUUUAUUAUCACACACAGGAUUCAGAUUUUUUAUUCGAAACCUUUUUUUAUUAUAUUUUUCUUUAUCAAACCGUACAAUACCCAUGCAACCUACUAUGAUCCUCAUUCGUUAGAACCCUAAUUUUUUUGCUAAUUCAUUAGUUCUUGCAUUUAGAAUGCAAGAUAAUUUAAAAUUUUGACUUUUUCUUAUUAUGAUCAAGCAUUAAAAGGCUUGUGUGAAUGAGUCAGAUGCAGCAGUACUGUUUCACCUGAAGACAAAUCUCAUCAUGACAAAGAGAGAAAAGAAAAACACAAUGAUAUUCAAGCUUUUCUCUUUUUAUCCUACAACGUUUUUAAAAUCUAUAUAAACGAUAUUAAUCUUUAAUUUGGGAUAAAAUCAUUUUUCACAGCGCUAAAAAAGCAUUAAACAUGAAACAGCAAGUUUUUGUUUUCGUUGUUGCUUUAACCGUCCUUCUUACCAAAUAUUGUCACUCUCACUCGGAACAGCAGCCAAAAGGUUUUCCAAAACAAUUUGUUGCUAUAUUAAAUCAGACAUCCUAUUUAAGUUGGAAAGAUUCUAAUGCACCAGAACAAUUAAUUUAUGAUUCCGUUAAUCAACGUGCACGAUUUGAUAUAAAAGGUUGGAGAGCUAAACAAAAUGAAACAUAUAUGAUACAAUAUAAACCAAACGGAGCUGAACAUGGAGCACCGGCAUCAGAAGGUUAUACAUUGUUUAACUUUAAUCCUGAUUAUCCAGAACUGACCAAAGGUAAUUGUUGGUAUAAUACCCGCCCAAUAAACGAUUUCGGUGCAUUUCCAUAUACAUGGAUCACUGUUGGCGGUGAUAUUGAUAUAAAACCAUGGUUUCCAUUACCAGAUAAUUUAGUUUAUAAAGGUGCUGAAUGGAUUCCAGAAUUAAAAAUUGAUGCACUUAGAUAUGAUUCAUCUGACAUAUGUGAUUUAAAACAAAGUGAUAUUGGUAAAGUACCAUGUUUAAGCUAUUUUGAAAGAAAUAAUGGCACACCAGUUAAAACAAUACAAGCAAGAGCAGCAGUCGGCUCAUUUGAUAGUGACGAGUAUACAUCGGUCUUUUAUUUAUCAUUUAUAAAUAGUAUUCCGUCAGAAGCUGAAUCAUUAUUUAAUUUACCUGCACGAUGGCCAUCAACAUGUGGUAAUGCUAAUAACGGUUACUCAAAAUCACCAGUACGUGGUUUUAUUGUUACACCAGAUGGUGGCCUUGAUAAUUUUACAUUGGCAUUACAAACACCUCCCGUUCAUUCACUGGGGGAUGAAGUAACAAUCAGUUUUAGACCAAAACCAGACUGGUAUUACAACGGUACAGAAUGUUCAAAGUUCACGGUUGACAGUAAUCCAAAAAUUAUUUUUACAAAAGAGAAUUGGAAUAAACCACAACGUGUUGAUAUGACAUUUUCGGGAUAUGGUUGUUGUACAUAUGAAAUUGAAGGUAUGGGUGGUAGUUAUGAAUGGCAGUAUCAAGAACAAACAUUUGUUGUUUAUGGUUGUAAUGGAAUCGGCGGAUAUGGUUGUAAUGGAAAAGAACCAUGUGGGGCUUAA